AUGGAACCCGGACCGAACGCUUCCCAGGGCGACGACAAACCAGCGGCCAUGUCAAAGGACGUAGAAACCCAGUUAAGCAACAUGGAUGGUAACUCUCUCAAGAAGCAAGAGAGCACUAUUGCAGGCGAAGUCGAGGACCUUGACGAAGCGAACCUAUACCUGAGGCAGCACAACAUCACCCCGGAGUACACUGCCGAGCUCCUCGAAGACCCAAUAGCGAACAAGAAGGUUUCCAGGAAAGUAGACAUGUUACUGCUACCAUUACUAUGCGGGACCUUCUUCCUCCAAUACAUCGACAAGCAAGCCAUUAGCUAUUCUGCCGUUUUCGAUCUUUUCGAAACGACUGGUAUUACUGGCGAUCAGUACUCCUGGCUGGCGUCAAUCUUCUACUUCGCUUACUUGUUCGCGGAAUGGCCAUCCGCGUAUCUUGCGCAGCACUUCCCGACUGGUCGAGUCGUGUCAACCUACUGCUUCUGCUGGGGUUCUGUCAUGCUUCUCACAGCUGCUACACACAAUUUUGCGGGCUUUGCUGCUAUGCGGUUCCUUCUUGGCGUCUUCGAGAGUGUUGUCACUCCUGCAUUUAUGAUGAUUGUUGGAAUGUGGUACGUCGGAAAGCAGCAUCCCGCAAGAGCAGGUAUGUUCUAUUGUUUCAACGGCAUUGGUAGCGCCGUUGGUGGUAUUCUCUUCUACGGUGUCGGAUACGCGAAAAGUUUUGUCGUCUGGAAGAUUAUUUAUAUCAUAUGCGGAGGUAUGACUGUUCUCUGGUCUAUCCUGCUCUUCUUCAGGCUGCCAAACAACAUCAUGACAGCCAAGAGCUUUACCACAGAGGAGAAAGCCCUUCUAAUCGCCCGCGCCGCCAGCAACCGCACUGGAGUAUACAACCGCAAGAUCAAACUAGUGCAGGUGCGGGAGGCCUUGAUCGACCCACAGAUCUGGAUACUCUUCUUCUACGUCUUACUCAACGAGAUGAUCAAUGGUGGUAACGCAAAUUUCGGCAAGCUCAUCGUGAAGGACGUGGCAGGGGGAGAUUCACUAAAGACGACGCUGUACGGCAUUCCACAAGGCUUCGCUCAGGUAUUCUGGGUCUUCACAGGUCCUUUCCUCGCAUCUCGACUCCCGAACGCACGCACAUAUAUCAUGGCUCUUUAUCUUUGUCCCACAAUAAUAGGCACAUGUUUGAUCUGGCAGCUGCCGCGCACCAAUGUGGGUGGGUGCCUGGCGGGCUAUUACUUGACGGGUUCAUUUGUUGGCUCUCUAGUCAUUGCCCUCCAACUGCCUGCAUCAAACGUAGGCGGAUAUACCAAGCGGACCACAAGCACAGCCUUCGUAUUUCUGGGGUACUGCGUUGGUAACAUUAUCGGCCCUCAGGCCUUCUUGGCUAAAGAAGCUCCCAAAUACGAGACCGGUGUGAAGAUGUUCCUAGGAUGCGCAGUCUCUCAGGUUGUGCUAGCACUUUGCUUACGAGCACUACUCGCACGGCGGAACGCUCAGCGCGAUCGUGAAGAAGCUGAAGGUUCGCAUACGCAAGAUGCCGAUAUACAUGAUGUGGACGCCAUCGAAGAUACUACCGACUUCCAUAACCGGAAGUUCCGGUAUGCUGUAUAA